UUAUGUAGAAUCUCAUAAUGACAUAUUUCUUCGUUUUUUAUCGUUUAACAAUGCCUGAAUGUUGCGCAAUAAAUUCAGCUACCGUAUAAAACCAAUCUAUCGUCACCGCUGCGAUAUUUUGGAUUAAUAUUAAGGUAGAACAUUGUAAUGACUCUUGUAAGUAUUCUGUUAUAUCCUCCAUGUUUGGGAUUUGAUACCAUGUAUUGAAAUUAAUUUAUCUGAGUCCAAAUAAAUAACUUUUAUAAUAGUAACAAUUUAAUAAUAAGAAAUUUUGUUUUCUUUCUGUCUACAUUAAUUUUGAAAAAUAAUUUUAUUACAGACAGCAAAACAUCAAUGGAUUACUAUAGUGAUUUUAAUUAUCAUGAAAUCAUUCCACGUACAUUCGAAGAUACCACCAAAUGUUCCUCAACUUCAGGUUUAUUCGGAAAAUGAACCUUUGAAAAUCGUUAUAGACCUACCGUCAUUGGAUGACGCAGUCACGGAAACGACGACAAUGAGAGAGAUACCAUUAGCUGUGCCAAUUCCAAUGCCGGCUGCAGUACAGAUGGCAGUGCCAGCUAUCCCUGCCCCAGAAUUUUGUCAAGAAAAACAUUGUCCAGCGUGUCCACCCUGCUUGUGCGCUCCGUCGUGCACACCAUCAUUCUUUUCUUAUUGUUCUCGUUGUCAUCAAAAAUGUAGGUGUCGUAAAAUAGAAGACGUUCCCCAACCUAUGCCUUUGAACCCACCUAAACCACUACCGGGACCAGUAUUCGCGCUGCCAGCACCAUUGGCAACACCUUUAGUAGUAUUACCACAUAACCUAUUUAAACAAAAAUGGACUAUCGUAACAAUCUUUUUACGGUUGUUCCAACAAAUAAACUCCCAGAUACCGAUGCCAAUGAUCGGAAUACCAGGGCCACAAAUCUUUGCCAUGCCACCUCCACCGAUACACGUCGCAGUUGCAAUACCAGUAGAGAUCAAGAAAACGACGAGAAAAACUACAACGACGACUACAACAGAAAAGACAUUAGCAUUUGCCGUUCCUGUACCGAUGCCAAUGGCCUUUGGUAUGCCAGUAGCUCCUCCUCCUCCUCCUCCUAUGCCAAUCGUCCCUCCUCCUCCUAUGCCAAUCGUUCCUCCUCCAGUAGUAGUUGUACCUUUCCCGCCAAUUAGACGACAUCCAAUCAUUCGUCCACCUUACACUGAGUCAUCGAGUUCAGAGUCCUGUGGUAGAUGUAGUGGUAGUAGAAGUAGUAGUGACAGUAGUUCCUCUGAUUGUUCUUAUCGCAGAAAACGUUAUAGACGUCAAAAAGGAAAAUACAUGGGAAUAAAAGGUAAAAAGAUGAGAAAAGGGAGAAAACAUAUCGGUAAACUUAAUAAAAGAAGAAACUUUGUAGAUUACAGUAGUUCAAAAAACAAUGAAUUCGCAAAACCAGUACUUACUUACAUAUCAAAGAACGGUAAAGUGAAAAUUAAAAAGCACAUCACUCAUGAUCAAGCGGAAAGUUUAUUAAAUGAUAAUGAAACAGAAGAGGAAAACAGGAAUCAAGGUAGAAGAGUGCAAAUUGUGUCAAGGAAAACUUCUGAUGAUCCAUCUAGAGUAUUAGUUGUGUCUAGUAGCGAUGGAGAAGCGCAGCCCCAGAUAGGACGCCAUAUGGUUCUAAGGUCUGGUGCUUCAAGUCAUGUUCUUAGUGAGGGUAAAAAGCAACUCGUGUUUAAGCCUCCAGAUUUCAAGAAAAUAGCAAAUUUGUCUGUGUCGUUUCAAGUUGUUUAAUGUUACUACUUAAAUUUUUGUAUUUUUUAAAGAUUUUUUUUAUUAUAAGAACAAUAAAAAAAGUUAAACUAUAAACUUUAAUCGUCUUAAUUUCUUCAAGAAUAAGUUAUAUAAUCAACAUGUAACAAUGGUGCUAUUCAUGAUUAUCGAACAAUCACUCUAACAUGCUUUGAAUUGUCGAUAUGAACACUAUUCGCGUGUUCGGCGUCGAACUAUUAGCAGAUUCGAUGGGUAUACGAUGUAUCUGGGUUCUAAUGGUACUCUUAGGGCACAGUUUUUUUGUUAAAGGAAAUGAAGUUGAAUCACUGAUGAAAAAAAUAUCGCCAGCAGCAAAUAUCAUACAGUCAACAUUGACUGAAAUGUUUAAACAAGAUUUAAAUUUGAAGAACAGAGAAACAGCCAAAAAUGUUUGUUGUGCUUCUGGAACAUGCAUUUGCACCUAUCCAGCAAUGCCAGUACCAAUGCCAAUUAUGCCGAUGGUGCAGCC